AGUUCUUCAGAAGAAUUGCCACACUAACGAUACUAUAGUCCUGUCUAGACAUGUGGGCAGAUUCGAUGAUGCUCUUGCGGUUAAGCAAGACAAGUCUUUUGUAGACAGUCAUGAGCAGGGUUUAAACCGAGCAUUAACUGGGCAGCAUUUUGUGUUUCUCGGUCACAAUGUUUCGCACUGUUCUUCUGAGUCAGAUCCUCCUCACACUCUUCUGCCAGGCAUUUUGUUUUGAGCCCACAGAGGAGGACUUAAAGUGUUUUAAUGACUAUGAGAAAGAAAUUAAAUGCAGUCUCUCCACUGACCGUCUCAAAAGCUGCUCUGGAUACAAGCUCAACGUCACACAAAAUGUGUCCAAUAUCUUAAAAAACUAUACAUGCAUCUUUAAUAGAAGUCAUCACAGUGACAAAUGUGAGUGCGGAAUUAAAGUGUUUCAAGAGUUUGUUUCAAAAGAAAACUUCACUACUACACUUCUGGAAGGAUCAAAUGUUUUAUUAAGCAAAACAUCCAAGACUGAAGACUUCAUCAAACCGAAAACUCCAGUCUUAUCAGUGCAGAAGACUGAAAAUGGAAACUUUUAUGUAACUUGGGAUGAUCAGUAUAAACUGGGAGGAAGUCAUUUUUUGGAAGACUUGAAAAUAAAUCUGACUUUUGGCAUCAAAGGAGAACUUGAAAAGAUAUCCAAGACGGUGCCGAACACUGUGGGAUCCUUUGAAAUUGUGGGCAAAAAUCUCCAGCCAAAUACCAACUACGUUCUGACAGCAACAAUGAGCACAGGCUAUAAUGAUCAUAGUAUAUCUAGUGACCAGAGCACACCAGCUGAGUUCACCACAUCCUCAUCCCCAAAUGAAAUAGCCAAAAUAGUGAUUCCAGCUCUCUGUGUUGGUUUAAUCAUCAUCAUUUGUGUUAUCUUCUUCUGCAUUUUGAGAAUGAAGAUGAAUUGGUGGGACAAAAUCUCCAAGCCAAAACUAGAUGCCAAUCUUGGAGAGGAGAAGGAUCAUAUUUUGCCUCCAUCUGUUCUGAAGUUCUCCUCGAUCCAUGUAGAGAUCCCAACACUGGACCUUCAUGAGGAUAAGAAACUAUAUCAGUGCUUCAGUGUUUUGGAAAAAGGAAAUGAUGCAGAUGUUUAUAUAAACAUUUCAGAUGAUGUUGGUGCUGAUGAGAAGUGUAUCAUGAAGAAUCUUAUCACCUACACAAAUCCACUCUAUCCUUCUUUUAUUCUGCAUGAUGGCAGCGUCACACCAAGUGAUGAAGGAUAUCAGGCUUUUCAAGGCUUAACAGAGACAGAAGGACAGUGGAGCACGAGCGUCAGUACUGAACAAGCACUUAAUGCAUGUGGAGCUUUAAAAUUCCCCCAGAGCACCAGCCAAGAUCCCACAUCUGUGCAACAAUGUUCUUGGAAACUUAUUUGCAUUUCUCACCCGACAUUCAAAUAGACAGUACAUAUCAGUGUGUUUAACUGUGCUCUAAAAGUAAAUGUUAAAUACUUUUUUUUUUCUUUGGUAAUCUACAGUUGUUCUAUUUCGAGUGAAAUGUGUUGAAUAAUUCAGACCAGCAAGAGCAAUAAGAGCACUUUUAAUAGAGAUCUUUUAAAUACUAAUUUCUUUUUUAGACUCCAAAACCUUGAAUUUGAAAGUUAUACUUUGAAUAGUAAGAGGUUGUACGGCAUCUCAUGCUUACAGAGGUCACAUUUACAUUUAUGCAUUUAGCAGACUUACAGUGCACUCGGGCUAUACAUUUAUUUUUUUAUCAGUAUGUGUGUUCCCUGGGAACUGAAACAAUGACCUUUUGUGCUGCUAACACAAUGCUGUACCACUGAGUCACAGGAACAUAUGUUACUAUUUGUAUAUGAUUCUGUAUACUUUUAUUGUUUGGUGCACAUUGAGAGUUACAUUUGUUAUUGUAAAAUUUAAAGUUACUAUUACUAUUAUUUUUAUUGCCCUGUCAGUGUUUUUCCAACGUUUCUUUUUCUACAAAAAUAAAAAAAUAUAUAUAGUA